AUGUGGGAUCCCUACCAGUACCAGUACCAGUAUCCAGUUUUCUUUGACUGCCUCAGUUUGGACACAGAGCAGAAGAAAUGGAUAGAAAUGUACUUUCAAACCUACCAACAGUCAGGUGGAGGAGACUGCAGCCCCCUCAAAAACAUCACAGAUAACUCUUACAGGAUUGAUUUCAAAGAUCGAGAUGGUAAGUCAAAUUCUUAAGUCAUUAACUUUGUUUUUAUCCGUUGUUUUUGAAUAGAUUCUGCUGUAAGUUGGUGAAAGUGAAAGUAAAGCUGCAACAGGAAACAUUCUUAUACGACUGAAUGCAAAAACCCCCCAAACCGCUUACAGUUAAACCAUGAACAAUGGAUUUAAACAUUUUAGGUUAACAAUUUUGUUUUUCUUAAGUUGAAUUAUAGAUGCGCAUGUCACAACCACAUAUCGCAUGAUAAUCUUAAUAAUACUUAGGGUUGUGAAGAAAUAAUGAAACAAAAGGGACUGUGACAGUAAAAAGUAUAACUGGCAUAACUGAUUUAUUAGUUUAUCUCCAAACCACUGGACUGUGCUAAUACUUUAACCCCUUAAUACCUGAAACCACAAAUUAUGGACAGAAAACUCAAAUUUUAUUUGAGCUAAAAUGUUUAUUUUACUUACUACUGAAAACCAAAAAAAUCUAAAUGUCCUUAAAAUCAUUUUACUGGAGAAACAAAAUUUGUUGUCAUUAACUCUUUGAGGCCUAGCUGAGGCAUGAAGCCUGUUUACCCAUUUGACCCUGUUGCUCUUUUGCUCUCAUUUGGCCUCUAGGGGAUACAGACAUGAAAUUUGAACUGUGAGGCCUCUGAAGAUUAUAAAAUUAUAAUCUGAUGAAAUCAUUUCAUAAAACCUCCCAAACUAACCCCAAAGCUAAUGAUCAGCUCGUUAAAGGGUUAAUGGUUUCUCUGGGACUGUUCUCGGACCCCUUAGUGUUUAGAUAUCUAAAAUUCACAGCACAUACCACUCUUGGGCCUUAGAUUAUGUUUGAUAAAUUUGGUUUAUGUAGCCCAAGUCAAAGUAUCAGAACCUGAAUUUAAUCUCCAGUAAUGCUCACAAAGGCUCUAGGAGUGCACAAGUCACAGACUUGUGCACUCUUAAAGAGAUAUCCCGGCGUAACAUAAAUUUAGGGUCAAACACACCGUAACACUGAAUUAGAUACCCCCUCGAGAGAUGAAUGUUGCCGACCACUUGCUUCUCUAGUUAUACCAACUUUAGUAACGACUGCACGAUAGCAAAACACAGAGGUCUGAGGAGCCAGGGGCACACCUCAACUAAAAAGCCACUCUACUCGUCCAAGCUAACCGCAGGGUAGUAAUACACAGCAGUCUUAGGAGCCAUAAACAAACCUCAAUCAAAACGUCACUCUAUAGCCACAAAUAAUGCUCAGAACAGCACCUAACUUCAUCAACAGUACAUAUAGGGUCCUAGCCAUAGUGCAAGACACCAAACAUCUUUUUGGCUUUGCCUGAUUUCUUUAGCAUACAAGCAGCUGUGAAGCAGGUGAAAUGAAAAACUGGAAGAUUAUCUAAAAGACAAUUUAAUUUACCUAAACUUUUUUUUGUUGAAGCUCAACAGAGAGUCCUGCAGAUAUCUAAUCAUGUGUUGAAUUUUGGUGGUGGUCCUGUGGUGCUGACUGUGCGAGAACACCCGAUACAUCAAGGAAAGCCACUUAACCCAGUACUGGAUUUUUCCUUUUCACAGGUUAGUGUGGAAGGUUCUUGAUUUUGUUCUCACUUUACAGUCUUUGGGUUUUCAUUCAGCAAGUUUGUUUUAAUUUGGGGCUUUUAUUGCAUGAGAUAAGAUAGUGAAUGGAUUAAGAAAGUGGGAAGGGACAGUAUGGACGGGAAGGUUUAAAAUGUCAGAUUAAUUGUUUCACAGUUUUUAGUAUUAAACAUACCUUAAAACUCAGAAGUUACCAGGGUACCCGUCAUCCGGGUAUUUUUGGCAUACGGCAAAUUUCGCAUUUGUUUUGGGCAAAUCAGUACGUACUGCUAGUAUAGUAGGGGAAUUAGAAAAUGGCCAUUGUCAGGAUGUGUGGGCGUAUGUGUCAUAGAUCAAUGCAUUCUAAACAGCUGUCAAAGAUCAAAGGCAUAAACUGACCAACUGUCUGAAUGAGAAGCUGCCUAACCCCAAUAAACAAGUGCGGUGGAAAUUGUGGGUAGGAGUGAAGAGUCCAGUUUUUUAAAUUGGGUCGUUUCUUUGUCCCACCAGGGUUCCACAUCAGCCCAGGAACAUGUGCAACUCAGAGGAUUCAGUGUCAACACAAAUCAAGGUCUACAAUAAUGAAUGUUUUUUUUUUUUUUUUUUCAUUUCCAUUUUGAGCAAAAGUUUAAAUCGUUUUGUCAUUAAUCUUAUAGCCUGCAAAAAUCAAUUAUAGGUCACAUGGGUAAAGAAAUAUGAUGGGGCUUCUAAACACACUUAGCAUGCAUAGGGUUGGCUAACAGCACUAUCUGUUUAUUAAACAGAAACAUGACACUCAUCUCCAUGUUGAGUUUUAGAACAGUCUACUAUAAAAAUAAUUGAGACAGAACUACUGUAAUCAAAAAAAGUUAUCAGUGUUUGUUUGUUUAAAUCAAAAUGAACAAAGGAGAUUUAAUUAAAAUAAUAUUUAACCCUUGUUUUUUUUUUUUUAAUUGGCUUGGCUUUAGCGUCCUUUUACCCCCAUGCCUCCAUAACCAAUGAUGGGGUCACAGCCAUAUUGGGCGGAGUCAAGCUUCAGAUUGUCAAUGACAACAUACUUCAUGAGACCACUGAUGUCAUCGUCAACACGACGAACUUCUCAAGCAACCAAUUUGGUAUGGUUCAUGAAUUUUCUCAGUUUUUCAAAUUGAUUUUAAAUCUAAACAUUCCUGUAGCAUCUGAGAUUGGAGAUAGUUAUAGUAUAUUAACCCAGAUUAGGUCUGACUGUAAUUUCAUUUUCACAAACUCUGUAGGUGUAUCCAAAGCCAUUCUAACUGCUGCAGGACCCACUGUUCAAGCAGAGUUUGCUAAAGGUAACUAGUAAUAAUUACAUUUUCUUAAUUUUCUGGAAAUUUGGUAUGACAUCUGAGGAAAACUUUGAUUAAGUCUUUUUCGCUUCUAUGUCAAGAGUUUUGUGUUUGCUUUUUUCAGUCGGUGUUCCAGCUGACUGUUAUCACACCACAGGACCAGGACUGCUAGGUUGUAAAGAAAUCAUUCAUGCUAAUUUUCAGUGUGACCAGCAAAUAAUUCGGACGACCUGCAUAAAGAUACUGAUGCAGUGUGAGAGCAAAGGCUACUGCUCAGCAGCAUUUCCAGCAAUCAAUACUGGUUUGUACUGCUUGUCCUGACAUAUGAAUAAAUGUUGAAUGUCGAUAAAUACAUUUGAAAAAAAAAACUCAACUUGUUGAGCAAGGAAUCAAUGCGAAUAGGAGUAAAAUGAUUGGUUCGCUUUUAAUAGUAAAGCCUUAAGUCUAAAAAGUUUUAUGACAAAAUUAAAAUUUUAUUAUAGACAAAAUCAAACCAGACAAACUCCUCACUUAAGCUUGGAUGUCAGCAGAAACUUGACCCAGGGCGGUGAACAACAACCGGAUGUCUUUAUGUCCUUCCAGGUGCCGGUGGGAUGGACUAUGUCACAGCUUGUAAAGCCAUUCUGGACAGCAUGACUGCAGCUAUAAGAGACUUGAAACCAAAGUCUCUCUCACUUAUCCGCAUAGUCAUCCUGGACAAAGCUGUCUAUCAGGUUUUCAGGUCAGAGACAGACUCCUUUUUUAUUAGUAAACAGUUAAAGCAGAGAUGUUGUUUAUGCGCUGAUUUCACUGCCUGUCUCUGUCAUGUAUUAUGUUUUACAGAUCAGAGGUGGAGAAACAAUAUGGAGGGACAGCUACUCCUCACCUCACCCUGAGUGGUUUGUUUAAAUAUGGUCUUUUUUCCAAGUUGUUACGAUAGUGAUACUGAGCUGGUGGCUAUGUGAAUUAGAAUCCAGACAGGGUGAGAAGGACCCUGGUACAAAGUGGGGGCAUCAGCUCUCCAUUACCUCUGGACUUUACAGCUAACACAUCUUAUUGCAUAAAAAGGGCAACCACCACAACUCUGUUGCAAUCAGGUUCAAGCUAGUUUGUGGUGAUUGGCAACUGCAGCUGCUGUUGCCUGGAUUGCAGGACAGGAUCUUGUUGCACUUUUCCAUAUCAGAAAGGAUUGACGUUCAGUAGUUCUUGGGGCCGCUCUCACAAAUGUGCCUUGUAACUGUUGUUAUUUCUUUAAACUCAAGAGUAGACUAGAAGGGGUGCCAUUUUACUGCAAAAAUGUAUCUAAGGUCACACACGUAAAGAAAUGUGAUGGGGCUUCUGAACACACUUAGCCCUCAUAGGGUUGGCUAACAGCACUAUCUGUAUAUUCAACAGAAACAUGACAUUCAUCUCCAUGUUGAGUUUUAGAACAGUCUACCAUCAAAACAAUUGAGACAGAACUACUGUAAUUAAAAAAAGUUAUCAGUGUUUGCCUUCAAUAAGUUAUUUUUGCCGUAUGGCUCUGUAAGCUCCCUGUCCUUUAACUUGAACACAUGGAAUGCUAAAGCUUGAGGCAGGAAGGACACACCUCCCCUCUGUUUUAUGUUCUUGCCUUGGAAACUAGACAGGGGGAGCAGCAGCAAAGAUGUCUGGUUGACAGAAACAUCAAGGCAGAGAGAGCAGCAGCAAAGACUCCAGGCUUACAGAACAGAGCAGGCAUUAGACACAAACUGACGUGGACACAAAGCUUUGAGACUGAAUGUUAAAUCAAAAUGAACUACAGAGAUUUAAUUGGAAUAAUAUUAAACCCUUGUUUUUUUUUGUUUUUUUUAUUGGCUUGGCUUUAGCUUCCUUUUACCCCCAUGUCGCCAUAACCAAUGAUGGGGUCACAGCCGUGCUGGGUGGGGUCAAGCUUCAGAUUGUCAAUGACAACAUAAUUCACGAGACCACUGAUGUCAUUGUCAACACUACCAACUUCCCGAGCAACCAAUGUGGUAUGGUUGAUGGAUUUUCUCAGUUUUUCUAAAUUAAUUUUAAAUCUAAUCACUCCAGUAGCAUCUGAGAUUGGAGAAAAUUAUAAACAGAUUUAACCCAGAUUUGGUCUGACUGUAAUUUCAUGUUUACAAACUCUGUAGGUGUGUCCAAAGCUAUUCUGACUGCUGCAGGGCCCACUGUUGAAUCAGAUUUUGCUAAAGGUAACUAGUAAUGAUUAAAUUUUCUUAUUUUUCCAGAAAUUUGUUUCCACAUCUGAGGAAAACUUUAAUUAAUCUUUUUCACUUUUACGUCAACAGUUUUGUGAUUGCUUUUUUUCAGUGGGCAGCCCAGUUGACAGUUAUCUAACCACAGGACCUGGACUGCUUGGUUGUAAAGAAAUUAUUCAUGCCAGUUUUCGGUGUGACCCCCAAAUAAUUCGGACGACCUGCAUAAGGAUACUGAAGCAGUGUGAGAGCAAAGGCUACCGCUCAGCAGCAUUUCCAGCAAUCAAUACUGGUUUGUACUGACUGCAUGUGAAUGAAGGUUGAAUGUCGAUAAAUACAUUUGAAAAAAGUAAUUCAACCUGUUUUGUAAGAAAUCAAUAUGAAUUAGAAUUUAGUCAUUGGCCACCCCCUGUUUGCUUUCAAUAGUUAUACAUUAAGUCUAAAAAAAUGUCAUCAAUUAAACUAGUUAAUUGCAUUUAUUUGCAGAAAAUGCUGAGUGCAGAAAGCUAAAAAAGCAAUGCAAAACUGCUAAAAAAAUGGAGGAAGUUAUACAUUUAAACGCUGUUGGGGGGGUGAAAAAGAAGAAGUAGAGGUUAAAUUAAUGUGGAAAUUGUUAAAGUAAAACUACAAUAAAUGUGCUACAUAAAUUGGAUGAGAAAAACGUAGAAUUGGAUGAUUUCCCCAUUGAUUUUAAUAGGAAAUUUUUCAAAAAUAAUAAGAUUAAAGAAAUAGGAGAAUAACAAUAAGUGGAAAUGCUUAAUCAGCAGUUCCACUAAAUUAACAUUUCAAUAUAGACCUAAUCAAACCAGACAAAACUUCUCACUGAAGCUUAGGUAUCAGUAGAAACUUGACACAGGGUAAAGAACAACAACCGGAUGUCUUUAUGUCCCUCCAGGUGCCGGUGGGCUGGACUCUGUCACAGCUUGUAAAGCCAUGCUGGACGGCAUGACUGAAGCUAUAACAGACUUGUACCCAAAGUCUCUCUCACUUAUCCGCAUAGUCAUCCUGGACAAAGCUGUCUAUCAGGCUUUCAGGUCAGAGACAGAGUCUCUUUUAUUAGAAACCAGUUAAAAGCAAAGCAGAGAUGUUGUUUAUGCGCUGAUUUCACUGCCUGUCUCUGUCAUGUAUUAUGUUUUGCAGAUCAGAGGUGGAGAAACAAUGUGGAGGGACAGCUACUCCCCACAUCACCCUGAGCGGUUUGUUUAAAUAUGGUCUUUUUUCCAAGUUGUUACGAUAGUGAUACUGAGCUGGUGGCCAUGUGAAUUAGAAUCCAGACAGGGUGAGAAGGACCCUGGUACAAAGUGGGGGCAUCAGCUCUCCAUUACCUCUGGACUUUACAGCUAACACAUCUUAAUGCAUAAAGAGGGCAACCACCACAACUCUGUUGCAAUCAGGUUCAAGCUACUUGGGUUAAUUGGCAACUGCAGCUGCUGUUGCCUGGAUUGCAGGACAGGAUCUUGUCCCACUUUUCCAUAUCAGAAAUGAUUGAGGUUCAGUAGUUCUUGGGGCUGCUCUCACAUCUUUGGUAAUUGUCAUUAUUUCGUCAAGCUCAAGAGCAGCCAGAGUUGACCCUGAUUCUCUUUCCCAAACUCGACCUCUGGAAUCCCAAGGUGUUCCCAAAUUAUUUGGGAUAUAUAGCACCUUCAGUGAGCUCUGGGCCUACCCUUGGGUCGCUUCUCAAUUGGACAUGCCUGGAACAACUCCAAAGGGAGAUGUCCUUGAGACAGUCUUCAGAUUUUUCUACGAUGAUGAUACUCUUCCUCAAUAACCCCAUGAUUAGUGGUGCAUAAAGGCCUAAAAAGGCAUUUCCAGCAAAUGGGUUGCUAUUUUUAAUUUGGUUUUCACUUGCAAAACAAAUCUGUUUUCAAGUUAAUUUAUUGAUAGAGUAUGGUGCAGGUCAGCUAUUUUUGGCAAGUGCCCUGGAAUGUGAUUUGGCGCUUUUUAAACAGAUUGAUUGAUAUGACAUGAUUCAAAGACAGGAAUUUCAUUGCUCAGAUAAGUUGGAUGGUUAUCAGUGUUAGCGAAGAGCUCAAAGAAUCGCUGCAAUAACACUUCCUCUUGUGUUUUUUACUUCAUGACAACACCAGAGGGCAAACAAAAAGGGACAACAGGCGCCACUCGCAAAAGGAAAAGAAACAUGAUUGGAACAAGUAGGUCACAAUUUCAGACAUAGUGUAACAUUUUUCCGGAACAUUUGUCAUUAGUGUAAGAACUGUUGAAAUUUUUGAAAAUGCUGUAACCCGACCCUUAAUUCUUGCGGCUCCUUCUUCAGCCUUAGAUUUGCCGGCACACUGGGAGCCUAUGGAGGAGGAAACUUUCAAAAAGGUUGAGCUGCAGCCUUCCUCACCAGAAUACCAGGGGGUGGCCCAGGGUUUCCUCAGAACAGCUAAAUACAACAUCUGUAAGGUAAAUAUGCAACCCAAAGAACACAGACUCUUGUAUGUGUAUGGACUUUGCAUACAAAAGUACUUGAUCAUUUUCUCUCCUUUCUCAGAUUGAACGUGUGCAAAACGUCUACCUGUGGCUCGCAUAUACUGUGUGUAAGGAGCGUAUUCUUACCAAGAAUGGUCCUGCUGAGCUUGGGGAGAUGUCUCUUUACCACGGCACAUCUGCAAAGUCAUGCGACUGCAUUGAAAAGAACAAAUUUGACAGGGGCUACGCAGGACAACAUGGUAAGGGGUGAGAAGGAUAUAAUGCAAGUGUAAAUGUGACAUUAGUAGCCAAAGGCAAAGAAGACCCUAGGAAGUCUAACUUCAUAAGAUGCCUGAUUGAGGCCUUGUUUCCACCAAAAAUACCUGGAACUUUUAGUCACAGGGGCUCCUUUUCCAGAGGUUAAAAUAUUAAAUUUUUUUACCAAGGUCUGCAGACAUGAGGAUAAUUGGAAAAGGUCCCUCUGGUCUCUGAUACAAAGUUCAGGGAAGUGAUCUGAUCUGUGGUGGUGACUCACUGGAUACUUUCUAAAGUUACUCAGUGGAAUCACACCUCCUAAAGAGUACCCUAAGUCCUUGUGCUUUCAGAAAGUACAACACCCCCAACAUGAACCUUUUAGGGAGUAUUAUAAAGUUACUUGGAUGUUAAGUUCCUGGUCCCCCAGAAAAGGUCAAACAUUCCUGGGUACCUCUUAAAGUUCCUAGUUACUGUGGAAACUUCCUUUAGAGGAAAUACACUGGUAGGUGGUCUAGACACAUUCAAGAUUACAUGUUUUUUUUUAUUCAUUACAGCUGCUGCAUAUGGAAAGGGAGUUUACUUCGCAGUCAACGCAGACUAUUCGGCCCGUGGAUAUUCACCCUUGGAUGCAUCAGGACUGAAACGGUUGUAUGUCACUCGUGUCCUGACAGGCCGUUACACAGUUGGUAAUUCCAAACUGAAAGCUGCCCCACCUCGAGGCUCAGACCCCACUGACUGCUACGACAGCGUGGUGGACAACUGCCAGCUGCCCACCAUGUAUGUGAUCUUCCACGAUGACCAGGCCUACCCAGAGUACCUGAUCACCUUUAGACAAUAA